UUCUCGUGCACAGCUGUUGAUACGUGUGUCUUUAUGACAAGCUGAUUAUUUUGAAGAUCUCAGCAAAGUGAAGUUUGGCAUGACAACAUGAAUUCUCCCUACACAGCCGUGCAGUAUUACCCAGAGUUUGCCUUCCAUCGACUCAGGGACUCUUCAUCUCGUUUGUCCUGGAGAGAGAGCUCGUUUCUCGCAGCUAUGUCCCAGAAUCAGUCAGCACAGACAUCCGACUACUUCAGCCAAGAUGUAUUCAACCAACUGUUUGACAUGCUGGACCAGUCUGCCAUUCAUUCAGUCCAGCCCAUUGAACUCAACUUCACCGACAGUCCAACUGAUGGGUCCACAGGAAACACUAUUCAGAUCAGUAUGGACUGCAUAACCAUGCACGAGCCAGAUGAGAGCCUUUCUUCCCAGUAUACAAACCUGGGGCUCCUGAACAGCAUGGAUCAGAACAUUCAGAAUGGCGGCUCGACCUCCACCAGCCCCUACAACAACGACCACGCGCAGAACAACGUGACAGCCCCGUCACCCUACGCCCAGCCCAGCUCCACCUUUGAUGCCAUGUCUCCCUCACCGGCCAUCCCCUCUAACACAGAUUAUGCCGGGCCCCACACCUUUGAUGUGUCCUUCCAGCAGUCAAGUACAGCAAAGUCUGCCACCUGGACGUACUCCACAGACCUGAAAAAGUUGUACUGCCAAAUUGCCAAGACGUGUCCCAUCCAGAUCAAAGUCCUGACCACGCCACCUCAGGGUGCUGUUAUCAGAGCCAUGCCAGUUUACAAGAAAGCCGAACACGUGACCGAGGUGGUGAAGCGAUGCCCAAACCACGAGCUCAGCCGCGAGUUCAAUGAUGGUCAGAUCGCUCCUCCGAGCCACCUGAUCCGUGUGGAGGGAAACAACCACGCCCAGUAUUUGGAGGACACCAUCACUGGAAGGCAGAGCGUAUUAGUUCCUUACGAACCUCCACAGGUCGGGACAGAAUUCACCACAAUUUUGUACAACUUUAUGUGCAACUCGAGCUGCGUGGGUGGUAUGAACAGACGGCCCAUACUCAUCAUCGUCACCCUGGAAACCAGAGAUGGUCAGGUACUAGGCCGCCGCUGCUUUGAGGCUAGGAUCUGCGCCUGCCCGGGUCGAGACAGAAAGGCUGACGAGGACAGCAUCCGCAAGCAGCACGUAACGGACGCCACAAAGAGCAAUGACGCCUUCCGCCAGGUCUCCCACGGCAUUCAGAUGUCCGCCAUCAAGAAGAGAAGAUCUACAGAUGAGGAGGUCUUUUGUUUGCCUAUUAAAGGCCGUGAAAUUUAUGAGAUUUUGGUAAAAAUCAAGGAGUCUUUGGAACUCAUGCAGUUUCUGCCGCAGCACACUAUAGAGUCAUACAGGCAGCAGCAGCAGAAUCUCCUUCAGAAACAGACUUCGAUGCCGUCUCAGCCCCCCUACGGCUCCAGCUCCCCGACUCACGGAAAAGUCAACAAGCUGCCCUCCGUCAGCCAGCUGAUGAAUCCCCAGCAGCGCAACACACUCACCCCGUCCGGCAUGUCUGGAGGCCUAACUGACAUGUCUCCUAUGAUGGGCACUCACAUCCCCAUGAACGACAUGAGUUCACUGAGUCCCACACACGCACUGCAGCAGCAGCUUCCCCUGGUGCCUUCCUCCCACUGUACCCCCCCUCCUCCAUACCCCAUGGACAGCAGCAUCUCCAGCUUCCUCAUACGGCUGGGCUGCGCAGGCUGCUUGGAUUACUUCACAGCACAGGGCCUAAGCAACAUCUACCAGAUUGAGAACUAUAACAUGGAGGACCUGUCCAGGCUGAAGAUCCCCGUGGAGUUCCAGCACAUCAUCUGGAAGGGCAUCAUAGAGCACCGACAGGCCAUGGAUUUUUCCCCACCCCCCCACAUAGUACGCACCACCAGCGGGGCCUCCGCCGUCAGCAUGGGCUCCUCCGAGGCGCGGGGGGAACGCGUCAUUGACGCCGUGCGCUUCACCCUGCGCCAGACCAUCUCCUUCCCUCCGCGUGACGAGUGGUCCGACUUCUCCUUCGACCUGGAUUCUCGCCGUAACAAACAGCAGCGCAUCAAGGAGGAAGGAGAGUGAGAACGCCGCCGUCGUCUUCGCGGAGUCUUUGUUUCAAACUUCACGCCUGCUGUAUGAACAUUUCAUUUAAAAAAUAAUGGUACUAGUGCAAAUACUGCUGAGAACAAAAUUCACAUAUGGUGCACUUAUUUUCUUUGUUGUUGUGGUUCAAAGGUGCUUUUAAUUAUGUUCAAUUUCUUGAGAGCACUUAAGAAAUGUUGAGGAUUUCAGUUUCUGAGUUCAUUCCUGCGGUAAAGCAUGACUGCAAACCUUCAUGACAGGGCUUAACGGGCUUCUUGUGUGCUACAAAGUGUUUUGUUUUUUUUAAAUAACGUGACAGACUUUCAGCUUCACUGCUCUGGUUGUAUUCAGGUUAGUCGACUACACUGGUUUUCAUUAAUGGCAGAAGUCAGCGUUGAUUGUAAACAUUUUAAACAUUUCAAACAUUUCCUCUCAGAAGUAUUAUGUCAAGUGAUGGGCAAUUUGAUUUUCUGCUUUGAUUUCUAUAUUUUGCUUUGUGUUUUUUUUUUUUUACGUCUGUUGUAAGACCAACGCAGCGCUGUCGUGUGUCAGGUUGUGAAGUAUGUGUGUUUAAGUGACAGAUGGUCGUUCAUUUGAUGUAGCCAUAUAUAGGCCUAAUGCUCUUGACCCAGUGUUUCACACUAAAAUAUAAUGACUGAUGUCCCUUUUCUUUGUGGUUGAAUAUCAGUGUUUGCUGUUGCAGCGAGCGCCUUGUUCAAGUAUUUUUUUUUUAUUAUCAUGAACCGUGUUUUGGAAGAGGUUUAUUUCAUUUGAUGACUGGCCAAAACUUCUGAUAUAGUGUAUAUAAAUUUGUAUAGUUCUUUUAUUUGAAAGUCUCCCUAAAGAAAAUGCAUGAUUUUCAUCCUGUUAGAGAAACUGAUGUGAAUAUUGUCUUGUAGCUUUACACAUAAACAAUGUUAGUGUUCAUUCAAAGGAGAGCAUAAAGUCUGUGUGUGUGUGUGUGUGUUCACACUCCACCAGCCCGUCUUUUACAACGUACCCAGCGUCAUUAGGAAGCAGAAACAGUCUGCAUUUUCUUAUUUUUGUACAAUGUGUUGUAAAUAUGUUGCAAUAUA